UAACUACACUAUUUCACUCAGUUGUACUCGUGCACUGCCUGUAGUUAAGAUUAAAAUAGUGUUAUUAAAUUGUAAUAGCCAAUAUGGAGGAGUUUAGUUACAAAAAUGAAAUAAUUGAUAAUUAUUUUAAUGAGUUCACGUCUCGAAUUGUAUCGGAGACCGGGAUAGCUAGUGAUAAGUACCAUAUCGGCAAAAUUGUGCUGCAGAGUUUGAAAGAUGAUCCUGAGUUUGUUAUGCAGAUUGAUGGAGCAACAGGCGAAUCAGAAACCAACGGCUCAAUAUUAAGGAGAAGCAUCAAAUGCGCGACUGCUUUCAAGAACUUGGGGCUGAAGACUGGUGAUGUCAUCGUUAUCAUGGCACCUAACCACCUGGAUCAAGCUGUUCCAUUCUAUGCUGCUAUGUUCCUUGGCAUCGCUACUUCUCCUAUUGACAGGACUCUUGGAGUUUAUGAAUUGAAGCACACAUUAAACAUCAGCAAGCCCAAAAUGAUAUUCUGUCAGAGUCAAAAAGUGCAAGAUGUACAAAAAGCUGUUGAACUCUUGGGUCUCGACGCUAAAGUCGUCAGCUUUGAUAGCAGUCCUGCCACCAUUACUUUGACUGAAAUGAUGGAGAAGCAUGGAGAAAGUAUAGCCGUUGAGGAUUUUAGAGCUGCAGACUUCGAUCCUGAGGAAACAAUAGGAUACCUGAUAUCGACGAGCGGAACCACUGGGCUGCCCAAAUCCGCCAUUGUUACACAUAAAAACAUGGCGACCAGCGGAAUUUAUAUAUGUUCUUUCGCCAAGAAGUUCCCUCCAACACGUUCAGCGCUCCUGGUGGCUCCCCUGCAAUGGCUGUCUUCUCUCCUCAGUUACAUUUUAUCACCGUACUAUAAAUAUACGAGGAUACAGACCUCUAACGAGGUCACUAGCGACCACACACUUGAGUUAAUUGAAAGAUAUAAGCCAACUUUCAUGAUCAUCAGCCCAACGAUGAUGACUACUUUAGUGAAGGCAGCUAAAAAGGCAAACGCAGAUCUAUCCAGCUUCGAAGUAUUAUACCUGGGAGGCAGCGCCGUGCCCAGGAACCUUGUUGAAGAAUUAAGGAAAAUGCUAUCUCCAACUGCAACAGUAGUCGAUGUCUACGGAAUGAGCGAGAUUGGUUCCUUAACAUUUGAAAGCGCCAGUUCACCUAUUGGGUCUUCUGGGAGACCGCUCGCACAUUUGCAAUACAAGCUGGUCGAUAUAGAUUCUGGCGAGGAAAUAACACAACCUUUCAAGCGUGGAGAACUGUGGCUUAAAAGUCCUGGUGGUGUCAAGGGAUAUUACAACAACCCCGAAGCUACAGCGGAGGUAUUAUCUGAAGACAAUUGGUUCAAGACAGGCGACAUGAUGUACAGAGACGAGAGAUGGAACUUCUACUUCGUGGAGCGCAUCAAGCUGCUGCUCAAGUAUAGGAAUUAUCAGAUAUCGCCAGUGGAAGUAGAAAACGUGAUUCUGAAGCACCCCAGCGUCCAGGACGUGGCGGUGACCAGUAUACCUGAUGAGGAGUGUGGAGACCUGCCCGUGGCUUGUGUCAUAGUACGCCCAGGGGCUCAGGUCACGGCUCAAGAGAUAAAGGACUUGGUAAAAGAAAAACUGACAGACACCAAGCAACUGAGGGGCGGAGUGAUAUUCUUGAAUGAGCUACCACUCACCACCUCCACCAAGUUGCACAGAAGGAAACUCAAGGAAAUUGCUUUUGAAAGACUGAAAGGACAAGCGGCAGCAUAGCUGAUAUAAAUAAAUAAAAAUA